AUGGUGGUGGCGCGUCUAGUGGCUGCUCGCCGGGACGAGACAUGCGCCCUGUCCUCGCCUCCCUCGCCCGGCCCGCGGCUCGCCUUCGCGCACACACACCGACACUGCGCCGCGGCCGCCGCACGCGCGCCCGGCCCGCACGCCCGCACCCGCGCGCCCCUCCCCGAGCGCCGCGCUACCUUCGCGCGCCCCUCGCCCCCCGCUCGGCCGGCUGCACCCCGCCGGCGCUCCCCGCGCGCCCCACGCUCCGCGGCCGGGCUGGAGCCGGGCUUUCCCUGCUCACCACUCGCCCACUCCCUCCUCUGUUCUCCCCCGGCUCGCGGAGGGACCUACUCCGGUGAUGGGCACCCCCUGCGCCCCUUUCUCCGCUUCUCCCGGCGCCUCGGUGUCUCCGCCGCACUGGGCAGGAAAUCGGCCCCGCGGGCGGGGUGCGCAAGCCCGGAUCAGGGGCUCGGGGAGUUAGUGGCUCCCCAGGCCCCCGGCCCCCUGCCGCAUUCUUGCAGGCUUGCGGGGAGGACCGGCUGCCUCGCUCCCCGACAGCCCUUGCCCUUCUCCCAGCCUCGCCCUCUUCUGCCACUGGGCUGCGCGCGGGGGACUCCGGUCCUCGCUGCAGCAAAGAUUUCUCACCAGCAAACAGCCCGGGAAUCUGGAGAGCCUGAGACAGGAAUGGACGAGACUUCAGCGCUGCCUUGAUGGUGUCCAUGGUUGUGUGGACUGGAAAGAAGAACGCGGAUUAUCCUAGCAAGUGUCCAGGCUCCGGUGUGUCCCUCCAGGGGCAC